AACAAAGGACAUAAAUGAGAACUCUAACAGCAGCCUCCAAGCUGUGAAGGAAAGAGGAUUAAUUUCCAAGGCCUUAUUUCUCACAGGCAGUUCUUCCUCAAAACCCUUUUAUCUCCUGCUGUCCAACUAGUAGUAACCUUUGACAAGAGAUCUUAGACUUCUUCCCCUUCCUAUAAGCACCAUUCUACCCCAGAUGACAUAACAGACUUUGAAGCUGGCACAGAUUUCUAUUAUUUCUAGAUUAUGUAUAGAUUUUGACAUCACAGAUUUCCAGUUAGAAUGCCUAAGAAAGCUACUCCUUACUAAGAAGUUUGUUUUCACACGUACACACUCUGUACAGAAUGUCCAUGACACAGAUUUUGGGACAGAGGAUCUUCUGUAAGGUCCUGCAAUACCAGUUCAUAGAAGGAGCUGAGUAAUCCUUCCUGACACAGAGCCCCCUUCGCCAUCAACACCAGUUCUGCAAAUGCAUUGAUAUAACUUGCUUGCAGAAAAGACCCCUUUUCCAAGUAAAGAAAGUGUUAGUAGUGUUAGGAGCAGUGUUAGGAGCAAGCCAAAGAAGGAAACUUUCCACAUGUUCAUUUCAUCCCACCCUGCUUCCAAAACACCCCAACAUUUUGCCAACAAGCUUCUGCAGAAAAACUGUAUCUCUGGAUGUGCUUGAACACUGUCUUGGCUGGUCUCUGGAACCCCUGAUCAGCAACAAAACCCUUUGCAAGCCAAAGGCACAUCACAUCUUACACUGUGACUAUGAAGAUUAAACUGCUUCUUAACAAACCUUAUUUUGACAUUUCUCCAUGAUCUGUGAAAGAUGUAGCUGCUUCUGGAAGGUCAUUUCAUUGGGAUUGGCAGUACAUAACUAUUUUCACAGCUCCAAGGGGACUGGUAUUAAUAGGUCAUUCUCCAACAGAGAAUUGAGGCAAAGGUAUCUCCACUGCUGAGAGCAGGUGUGGAAAAUGAGAACAGGAUAAAAAUGCCAGUCUGCUACUGCUGUUUCACACUGUAUCUCCAUUUCUUUGUCAGAAGUAGAUGAUAUUAAGAGUACAGGCUAAUAAUGCUGCUGCUAACAGAAAUCUAGUCUCUAACAGUUCAUUACCACCUGUCUGAACCAACAUACUGAAAUAACUCCUCAGAGUAAAGUCAGUGGUCUCGACUAUGCUGCUGCUGCUGCUGCCCAGAGACCAGCUUCAACCGUUUUGCCAAAACUUGCUCUUCCACACACUUAUGUGCUGCUGGGUCCUGGCUACACUGUGAUACAUACACUGAGAAAGGUGGGGAGAAGCGAUGACUUGGUAUCUACUUUCCCUGACCAUAUUCUGUAAUGAUUUUAUUUUACCUCUGCAGCAAGCACUAUUUUCCCAUCAGCUUUUCUGCAGCCAGUCUCAUUCCUGGAAGGCAGAAAUGACCACAAUGUGAUAAAACUCAAGCUGGGCAAUACAGGGAGAGCAAGGCACUGCACUGAUGCCAGACACUCACCAGGUCAACAUUUUACUCCUGCAGAAAGGGAAGAAAUAACCCCUAGAUGGAGAUCCUAAGUGAAAAUGAAGAGGUGUUCCUGCUUCGUGAAAGCGAUCAGCUGUCAAGGGCAACAGCCCUUUUUUUGUCUGAAGGCUGGGGAGCCUCUGUCUUUUGUGCCACAUUGCUGAAGAUAAAACCCGCACACUUGAAAGAAGCGGUGCAAGUGCACCCAAAGCAGGUCCUACCUGUGACCUCUCUUGCUUUCAUCUCCCCUUCCCAGCUGGGCCUGAGAUGGGCUCAGCAGGCAUUCCUGGCUGCAUAUUUAGUUUGGGCUCUUGGAAAGGGGAGCAAUUCCCCAAGACAUGUGCAAGCCACUUCUGCUCACUGAGGAUGGCUCAGAGCAGAGAUGAAAGAAAAUCCCCAAGUUCCCACUCGGUCAGUUGAUGCGGACGUGUUCUUCUUUUAGAGCACCACACUCAGACGUGGGAAUCAGCUUGGAUGGCAGUAUAAAUUUUUAUAAAAAAAGAAACCUAUGUAGGAAGCUUUAAAGAUAGCACAGCCAGGCACAUGAGAGCUAGGAAUACUAAACAGGACACAUCCUUAAACCUCUGUUCCAUCUUCUCAGAGUUACACCUUUCAAAUUCCAUUCCCCACACGCACAGAGCUGACAUCUCCCGGAGCCCCCGCUCCCAGCAGAGCCUUCCAAACACAGCACCUCCCUCUGAGAAAUGCAAGGAAGUGGCUGACAGCCAGUGUACUGGAGUGGUUUUGCUGAGGAAGGAUGAUUCCCCAUUUGGUUGCCCUGUACCCAAGGGAUGGCAGGAAGAUCACUCAUCACAUCAUUGAAGAAAAGGAGCAAGACCACGUACAGGAGCCAGCUGAUGGCUCUGCACGAGAGCCUUUGUUCUGCACACAAAAGCUCACUGCUAACACAGCUGGGUUUGAGCCUGUUAUUGUGCAAAUGUCAUUUCUUAGAGAAGUUAUUUUAUAGCUGAUUUCCCAAGUGGCUCAGUUCCGGUACUUGGGGAUGGUAAGGAGGGGGAGUAUUUAAGGGAAAAGAAGGUAACUGGGCAGAACUUUGGGUGCUGAAUAUUCAACCACUUCCUGGCACAGCCUCAGUGAAGCAAGAGCUCACGUGAGCCGCAUACAGAGCUCCUUGCAGCCACGCUGGCCCUGCCACCUACGGCACUCACCAGGCACACACUUAAGUAACCUAGGCCUGGCCUGGCCCAUGGGAGGACAAGGAAGAGCAUUGGAAGCGUGGCUGGGAGCAAAGUGAGCCCUCUUAGCCUUUCACAGUUCAGGAGCUUUACAAUUACAAUGUUUAAAGUGCUUCUAUCUCUUUCUCUGGUUCACCUCAUCAAAACUACCCUGGCUACUCAAAAUGUCUCUCUAACAGAAAAACCACUCCUUUUGCUACUGGGAUUGUUGUUCCUGCUUCAAGAAGUCCCCAAGCAGAAGAGAGAGGAGCUCUCACCUCUAGCAUUCCAUAGUUUCUGGAUGAGCAAUAAUGCUGCAGGUCACACACACAUGUUCACUUCCCCUUGACCUUCCAGCAACCCCAUCUUCCACCAGCAGAAAUAGCCCUAUAGAGGCACAACAUGUCCUCUCCGUGUUCUGUCCUUCCUGCUCUUGUGUGGACAAAGGCUCAGUGCAGAGGGUUCACAGCAGGCCCGGGAUGGGGCAUGCACCACUGAGAGUGGGUACCAGGUACUGUCAGGUUACUGGCACGAUCCCAAAGAGCUCUGUGUGGUCUAGUGUGCUCUGGCAUCCCUUGCCUCCAUGAGGAGGCCCUCCACACCCAUAGAGGGAAUUGGCAGCUCAGCAGCAUGGUGCUGAAUGACUCUGAAUCGCAGCCAUUUCUAAGUCCCAGCUGGACUGUAAAUCCCAACUGGGAAGCCAGGAGGUCCUUGGGGGUUCACUUCUACCCCUGAUCCAAAUCUCUGAGAAACAAACUAAGCCUACCUAUAUUCAGAGGAUUUGAGAUAGGACACCUCAUCCACUCCUGGGGCAGAGAGCUGCUGUGACCUCUUCAGACUCCUUACCUCCAAUGCUACCUGAACCAUCCCUAAGUGACCUUCCCUGUUUGCUACCUUCUGCCCUGAAUGGACAAUAAAACCACCUCAUACCAGGAAUAUCUGAGAUGGCUUCUCUCUGCACUGAACAUUGAAUCCAGACCUUUCUGUAAACCCCUGCCUGAACUCUGAUGAUAAAACAGGCACCAGUCUGUUUUGUGAUAACUGUUAUCAGGUCUGAAGCCAAACCCACACCAAAUCCCAUCUGCCCUCUGCUUGUAACAAUAAAAGACCCUGACAAGUUUUGUCUUCUUGCCUGUGUUCCUCCUAUUCAUCUCCAAAUGGCUGCUACGCCCUGUCUGUCUAAUACAGAGCCAGCUUCAAAUCAGAUUUUUCACCUUGGCAGAACAUCCGUGAAGAGCCAUGGUGCCCAUGGAGAGACACCAGUGAGCACUUAAGAGCAACAGCAAAUCUUUUUUCUGACAGCAGUUCCUCACUUAACUCAGGCAACUUCCCUGCUUCAUUCUCAGGCCACAAAAGCUCUUAGCCGUAUGUUACAACAAAUUUGAAAACUUGGCUGACAACCAUACUGAAGCAUCUCCCAUAUCACAAUUAAGGCCUCUACCAAAUAAUGGAGAAUGGCAAUUCUUUCAAAAGCUGCAGGCAUGCAGAUACUCUAAUCUCUUGACCCACAGGAGGGAAAAAAAAGGGCAUUUCAAAGCUUAAAGCUCUGAGCAGAGCUUUCAGAUCACCAGAGUCAACACACGAUUUGGAUAAAGUGAGGCAGAUUCGCUGACAGACUGCAGGCUCGUGCUACAGAAAGGUCACCUCAAUAAAAAAAAUUAUGAGCAAUGUCUAAAAUUAUCUGAACAGAUACUCCACUUCUGGGCCCCACUCAGUGAACAAAAGCCUCUCUGCGCAAGCUGCGGGAGCGUAUGCAAUCAAAGAGCUCCCACAGAUCUGGCAGCAACACCCACCGUGAACUCAAGCAGGAGUGCUCUGUCAGGUGGGUGGUGCAGAGCAGUGUACAGCAGCCCCUACACAUACCAAUUCUCCCCUCCUCGUUAGGUGACCCCUCCAUGCCCAAACUUUUCCCUUGCUGUGUGCCCAAUAGCCUGCUGGAGUGGGCUGGUAGGAAAGCAGUGGGAUUCACAGUGGACAAAGCACAGAUGGUCCUGCAGCACACUGGCACUGGCAGGUCCCCUUCCAGCCAGAUCUUUGUCCUGUGUAUCCUCAGCUGUAGGUAGACAUCCUGUGGCUCCCCACCAGAGUGAUCCAGAGUUGUGCCAAGUCUCUGGGGAAGAGCUUAGUUUUGCACACACUUUUAUUGUCUUUCUUUAGUACAGUGAUGGAUACCUACUCUUCUCUGGUGUCAAGCACUGGUGGCUGCAGUGAGAACCACUCUGAAGAUAGAGCAGGCUCCUCUUAGGAACCCAAGAUGAAAACUGAGGCUGGAGUGAUGACAGAACCACCUGUGAAAGCCUAACACUUUUCAGAUCUAGCUUUUCUUCCCUCCUGUUCCCUGUGCUGUUGCACAAAACCAGAGCACUGCCUACUUCCAGACAGAGGUGGUUCACAAUCCACUGUCAAGGCAAAGUCACCUUCCCUGGCAUCCAAAGCAGGAUGUGCUGUGACAAUGCAGGAGCUACACUCCAACACAUACAGCACCCUCAAUCAAUGUGGACAGCCAGGUGUACCAUGAGCACUGCCUGUGCCAGCAAAACCCAAGGGUACCUCUUUCUGCCAGCAGCAUUUCCCGAGCGCUCUGCAGUCAGGCAGACUGAGUUUCAGCAGGUGAGGUUGUGCCUGGAGAGACGUGCAGCUCCUGACUGGGCUUGUGUGGAUACUGACCCAGCACCUGCCACUGCUGCUGGAGGAGGGAGAUCUGAUGCCUGCUCCAUGGCUGCACCAUAGUGAGCAGCCAUGAAUGAGAUGAGGAAACUCAUCUAAGCUAAAAAUACCCAGUUUUGCCUGUUUAAUUUUAACCUAGGUCACUUCCCCAAUCCUGUUUCCCUUGAAGUCACAAAAAUGCUUGUGUCAGCAAGAAGGAGGGGGUGGCAGAGGAACAAUCUCUGGUUUUGGUGGGGUCUCCGAGCAUCCCUGAAGCACAUAUAACCACAGCCACUCCUGAAAAGAGUUCCUCAGCAGUGCCUGGCAGGAUUCAAAGCUCCUCUACCCUCCCAGCACACUAACGGCCUCCAGACACUCCUCAGUCUCCCCAUGAUGAACUCAUUUCAAGUCAUACCAUGAACAUGAAGUUCCCACUGCCUAGUUUCAGCCAGGGCUCAGCCUCUGUGUCUGAAAGGCUCAGCUCUGCAGCCCAUGAUCAUCAAGUGACCACAGAUGGGAAAUACCAUAAAACAGGCAAAAUGGAGUCCUUGUCCUACAGUGGAGAUUUAUCCAAAUUCUUAUACCUUUACAACUACACCUAUGACUACGGCACAGCCAUGCCUGACACUGCUAUUUCAUCCUCUCCAUGCCGGCCUGAAAGCUCUGUCCUCAACAAGUACCUGGUGGUGGUGAUCUACUGCCUCGUCUUCAUCCUCAGUGUGGUGGGGAACGGGCUGGUGGUGCUGGUGGUGACCUCCAGCCACACCAGCCGCUCUGUCACCGAUGUCUACCUGCUCAACCUGGCUGUGGCAGACCUGCUCUUCGCUUUGAGCCUGCCGCUUUGGGCAGCCUACCGAGCCCACGAGUGGGUCUUUGGCACUGUGAUGUGCAAAGCCAUCUCCGUGCUGCAGGAAGCCAACUUCUACAGCGGCAUCCUUCUGCUGGCCUGCAUUAGCGUGGACCGCUACCUGGCCAUCGUCUAUGCUACGCGGGCUGCCACUGAGAAGAGGCACUGGGUGAAGUUUGUCUGCCUGGGCAUCUGGGUCUUCUCCAUACUGCUCUCCCUGCCCGUGCUGCUCUUCCGUGAGGCUUUCCGCUCGCCCAACAAUGGCACCGUGUGCUAUGAGCGCAUCAAUGGCGAGGACACGGCCAAGUGGCGUGUAGUGCUGCGGUUCCUGCCGCAGACAUUUGGCUUUGUCUUGCCCCUCCUGGUGAUGCUCUUCUGCUAUGGCAUCACCAUCCACACCCUCCUACAGACCAAGAAUGCUCAGAAACAGCGGGCCAUGAAGGUCAUCUUUGCCGUGGUGCUGGUCUUCCUCAUCUGCUGGCUGCCCUACAACAUCACACUGGUGAGCGACACCCUCAUGAGGACGCAGGCCAUUGCUGAGACCUGUGAGAGGAGGAACCACAUCGACACAGCCCUCUCUGUCACGCAGGUCCUGGGCUUUGCCCACAGCUGCGUUAACCCUGUCAUCUACGCCUUCAUCGGUCAAAAGUUUCGCAACAGCUUCCUCAAGAUCCUGGCACAGCGCGGGCUGAUCAGCAAGGAUGCUGUUGCCCGCUAUGGCCGCACCUCCUAUGCCUCCACCUCUGGCAAUACAUCCACCACCCUCUGAGCCCUUUUGGGACCCACCCCUUGGGGAACCAGCAGAUCCCAGCACCCCACACAACUCAGCACCCUCAUCCAGCCCCCUGGAAUGUGGGUGGUGAUGCCAUGGGGAUAGGCAGGGCCACCACUGGAUGCUGGGUCCCGACUGGAAGGGGGCUUGGGUGGCAGCUGGUGGGACCGCAUUGCCAGGGGAGUGAUGUCAAGUGUCCACCUUCCCUUCUCUUUGGGACAAAGCCUGUGACCCUGGGGAUCCUGUGAGACUGCUGUGGGGAUGGUGUUUCUACCCAAUGACCUUCCAGCAAUAAAGGAG